AUGGGCCAACAAGGCGAGUACCAACACAUACUGAAGAAGGUCGACGUGCCCGUAGUGAGCCACGAUGAGUGCCAGCAGCGACUACGCAGGACGCGCCUCGGGCCCUACUACCAGCUGCACCCGGGCUUCGUCUGCGCCGGUGGGGAGCCCGGGAAGGACGCUUGCACGGGCGACGGAGGCAGUCCACUGGUGUGCGAGUACAACGGUCUGUGGAAGGCCGUCGGACUCGUCUCUUGGGGCAUUGGAUGCGGACAGGCUGGCGUGCCGGGGGUCUACGUGAACCUGGCUCAGUACCGCGAUUGGAUAGACAGCGUCAUCACCGGCCUCGGAUAAGGACGCACGCGUGAUGCGCUCGAUGCAGCCGUCCGCGCACGCUUCGCACG